UGGUAUGUACAGAGCUCAUACCAGGCUCGCACAAAGAAAAGACCAGAGCUGGAAACGCUGCAGCAGCGGCGGAAUUUAUUAACCCUACAGAAAUCCUGGAAUUUACAGAUUUUCCUAUUGGAUUUGGCGAAUUGGACUAGAUAUUGAAUAUAUAUAUAUAUAUACUUUUUUUUCUAAAGUGUCUUGGGGACCUUCAAUAUGGCCAAGAGCAGGACCCCCACCUCCAUACUACUGAUGCUCUGCUCCCAAAUCUUCUUUAUGCACAAAUAUGUAGAGGUCGGCGCUGACAUUGUGCCCCUUUCCUCAGCUUCCGCCAUGGACAUCACCCUUCUGGCGCCGCAGACUCAGAUCCAGUCACAGAUCGGGGAAGAACUUCACAUCACCUGCUUGGCCACGAAAUGUGGUAACAAUGAUCCCAUGUUCACCUGGUCCAGCCUCGAGGACAAAACAUUGAGCGGCACCGUGGUCACCAGGGAGAAGACGUCAAUCCUGACCAUGAAGGUCGAUGCGGAGACUGAGGGAUCGUUCCGGUGUACCGUGUCUUGUGAUAACCCGCCGGUAGAGAAGAGUUUAAGGCUCACCGUCUACUCAUUCCCCAGUGAUCCUAUUCUACAGAUCUCCUCUCUCGUGGUGGGACAGAGUUCACAGAUCACCUGCCUGUUCCAGAACGUCUACCCUGCUGAGAUGCUGAUCGCUCAGAUCCUGUUGGGCGAGGAGAUCGUGGCUACGAACGACCGCGAAGAUUACGAGUUUCCUUAUUCUGGGAUGGAGAACGUCAGCUUGAGCCAUAAUCUGACCCUAACAGAAGAGAUGGACCAGAAAGAGAUGAGAUGUGAGGCCAGUCUGGAAACUUCAGAUCCCGUAAGAAAACUUACAGCGCAGAAGCUCAAUCUCAUAUAUCCUCCAGAAGAACCUCACAUCGUCGUUCAGCCAUCCGAAACCGUGAAAGCCGGUGAGGAAAUCCAUCUACUGUGUUCAUCUAACAGUAAAUCCCAAACUGAGGUCCGGUGGGUGAAGCGGAGAGGGGAGGAAGAGGAUGAAAUACGGACUGAAGACCCCGGGACUCUGAUACUUGCAAAUGCAGAACCAAACGAUGGCGGGGUCUACAUCUGUCAUUCCGAAAACAGUGCGGGGAAAGCGUCUUCACAGGUGGAGAUCAACGUGUAUGGUGUACUAGAAAACCCCACACUGACAAUCCAACCGGGGACAAGAGUGGAGGCCGGACAAGCUGUAAUGAUAGAAUGCACUGCAGGGGGCGAUACUAAUGUUACCCUGCAGAUGAUGUCAGAAGAUGGAGACGUUCUCUAUGUAUAUUCAGAAGGGAAAACCACCAUAGACGAAGCUGAUCCAAAAGAUGCUGCCGAAUAUAAAUGUACAGCUAAAAAUCUGUACGGAGUCACCGAAACCUCACAAUAUCUUACAGUGGAAUAUUCCCCCAGGCAAACUGUUCUUUCUUCUUCUCCUUCUGAAGUGAAUGAAGGCGACACAGUGAAUCUGACUUGCACUUCUAUGGGCGUUCCUGCUCCCAGCAUCUCGAUCUAUAAACUUUUAACAUCAGGGGAGAAUGUUCUUCUUUCGGAGGGUCCAGAAGUUACGUUAUCUAAUGUGACCAGUGGAAUUUACCAGUGCCGAGCUGAGAACAGACUGGGGACUGACAAAGACAAGAUGGAACUGAUGGUGCGAGUUCCUCCAAAAAACACGGUUAUAACUAUCACGCCAACCCAUACGGUGAAAGAAGGCGAAAAUGUACAUAUCCGAUGCACAUCUGAAGCUUUCCCUGCCCCCAAAUUGGCGCUGAGGAUGAAAACAGAACUUGGGAUCACGGAGCUGGAAGCUGAGAACGGGCACUACGACAUUAUUUAUGCUACGGUAGACCAUAGCGGGACCUACAUAUGUGAAUCGUCAAACGUGAUCGGACGGCAAAUAUCGCAGGCCGCGCUAACGGUACAAGUCCCACCCCGAAAUACUCACGUAUCUAUAACGCCAUCGUCCGUGGUAAGAGAAGGUGACAGCGUACAGAUUCGGUGUACUUCUGAAGCCUCUCCUGCUCCUAGACUGGUCCUGAAGAUGAUAAUGGGACACGGUGUGGUCGAUCUGGUGUCUGAAAGUGGAGACUACAACAUUUCCAAUGCUGGAGUAGAACAUACGGGAACAUAUAUCUGUGAAUCCACCAAUGCGGCUGGCAGUGAGAUGGCGGAGGGCACUCUAAAUGUAGAAGUUGCUCCCAAAAAUACCUACAUAGAGAUCAUUCCGUCUCCAUUCGUAAUAGAAGGUGACUCUGUACAGAUAAGGUGCAGCUCAGAAGGCUCCCCAGACCCUAAACUUGUCCUGAAGAUGAGAUCAGAAGACGAACCCAUCACCCUGGAAUCAAGUGACGGAUCUUACAAUAUCACUCAUGUAGGAAUAGAGAACGCAGGAACCUACAUCUGUGAAUCUGCCAAUGUGGUGGGACAAGAACUGGCCUUGGGAACACUGACCGUACAAGUUCCACCACGAAACACCACAGUGGUUGUGACUCCAUCACAGAACAUCAAAGAAGGUGAUACAGUCACUAUCACUUGUGAGACCCACAGCAUCCCAUCUCCAACCAUCAUUCUCCAGAAAGUGUGUGCCAAGAAUAACACGCUGCUACAGAGCACCAAUGGCACCUUUACACUGCACAAUGUCACCACCAAUGACACUGGAACAUACACCCUCAAAAUUAUUAGCAGUGCUGGAAAUGAAACAGAGGUCAUCAAUAUCGUUGUGGCAGCACAAGAAAGCACAAGUCCAAGAUUCAACCUAGUGCCCCUAUAUAUCUUCGGAUCCGUGGCCUUCAUUUCGGCGGGUGCCAUCGCCUCCAUCGUCUAUCAUCUCAAGAAAUCGAAGGUACAAGGAUCGUACAGCCUAGUAAAAGCUUUGAGAAGCAAAGUGUGACCGGACAUUGGUCGUCUUUGAUGGACAUCUCCAUGUGCAGGUCUAUGGACAAUGGAACACUUGUGGUAGCGCGUUCCUUCUGGAAGUCCUCCUCAUGGACCUAUAGUGAGCUUGUGCUGUCCCAAGCUCCGUGGUCCUUUUGUGGUAGAACCUUGGAAGUGAAACCAUCAAAACCCGAUUCCGUAAAUGGGAAAAGACGGAAGAAGAAACAAAGAUCUCUAUUUUGAGUAGCUGGAGCACUAUGUGUGUGUGAAGGAUCACUAUUUGCACUUGGACUUUUUGCGUUUUGUGGUGGUGACCAUGUAAAUGUAUAGAAGCUGCUCAUAUUUAUGUCACGUUAGUGUCAGAGCGUCGUCUCUUCUGUCCUCUUUCCCUUGUGUUGGUCUUGUGUCGAUGUGUUAGAGACGUGAAACGUGUCAUGAAUGUUAAUGUGGCCUUUCUCCAUAAGGCAGAGCUGAGCUCUAGGCGCCUUUUGUUGGCCAUUGAAAUGGAAUGAGAAGGCGAGGAUCAAAACCCACAGAGAGAGAGAGAGAGAGUGGGAUUUAUUUAUUUUUUUUAAAUAAUGGACACAAAGAACACAAUAGGGCAUCUCAUUGGUGUGGAGAUUGUGUGUGAUAGUCAUAGGCCUGAAACUGCACAUUGAUACGUUGUCUCAUACGUGAAGAACCUUUCCUUCCUUUUUGGAUUUGGUCCAAAUCACCUAUUUCAACCCUCAAUUCGUUUGUUCUCAGAGAUGUCUGGUAGCGUCUCUUCCAGUCUG